UAGUUGCACAAAUAUGAUAUUUUAAAGAAAGUUAUUAAAACAAUAAGCUGAAAUUGGUAUAAAAAGGAGAAAUUUUCGAAUCGAUAUCAGUAUCGGGCCUGUACAAGACUCUGGUGUUACAAAAUGGGACUCAUAACUACAGUUGGUCUUCUUGUUCUGUGUGUCGUACACAACAUCUCCUGUGCCGACGAUGUAACACUGGUACAAGUGGAGCAGGGUCAGCUCCGAGGCGAAGUUCUGGAUGCAGUCGUUGGAGACUUCCAGUACCUCAGCUACAAGGGUAUCCCAUACGCCAAACCUCCCGUUGGCAAACUCCGAUUCAGGGAUCCAGUAUACCUAGACUCAUGGGAAGGAGUGUUGAAUGCCACACAACACGGAAGCGUUUGCCCACAAUUCAACCCAAUAACAGCAGUGUACACCUCCGGCAGUGAAGACUGUCUCUUCCUGAACGUGUACACCCCUAGCCUCACCCCUGACACUCCUUACCCAGUUGUGGUAUUCAUCCACGGUGGGGCCUACAUCUUCGGAUCCGGCAACACAGACUUGUACAGCCCAGACUACUUGCUUGCCAACGAUGUGGUAGUAGUGACAAUCAAUUACAGAUUAGGUGCUCUAGGAUUCCUGUCCCUAGACAAUGAAGAUGUACCUGGUAAUGCUGCACUCAAGGACCAAGUCACAGCUCUGAAAUGGGUGCAAAGGAAUAUCGGAAAGUUCGGAGGAAACCCGAAUAGCGUCACUCUUCUAGGAGACACCGCUGGUGGAGCAUCAGUCACUCUUCAUAUGUUGUCUCCAAUGUCGAAGGGACUCUUCCACAAGGCUUUUGCAAUGAGCGGCUCUGCUACUUGUGACUUUGGUAUUACUUACAAACCUGCCGAAAAGGCAAAGGUUUUCGGAAAAGCGCUUAAGUGUGAAAAUGUUGAAGACAGCGCAGCACUCCUUGAUUGCCUUCAGGCCGCUGAUUAUGAUACCUUCUAUUCUAUUGCUCCCACAGUCCUUGCUUCAGAAGAGAUCACAGAUGUCUUAUUCAAAAUGGAACACUUCACGCCAGUGAUUGAAAAGAAAACUGGAAACAACUUCCUCACUGAAGACUACUACAGCGCAUUGACGAAAGGACAUGUCAAUAAAGAUGUGGACUUCAUAAUUGGGUACAGCAGUCAAGAGGCAGUACUCCUCAUCGACCUUUACAACGCUUCUUACGUAGAUUUGUACAGCAGAUACCAGGAAUUGUUCGCACCUAGUGAAAUACUUAUUAAGAGUACUCCAGACACGAAUUUGAAUGUGGCUAAGAGUGUGAAGGAGUUCUACUUCGGUGACAAACCUGUUGAAGUAGGAAACUUGGACUUGUUCGUGAAGUACGCGAGCAGCGCCAGCAUUGGUUACCACGCACAGAGGUACGCCAACAAAUGGGCCAAUUUCGGAAGGAAGACUUACUUCUACAUUUUCGAUGGCUUCACAGACUGGAACUUCUUCGGGCAAUCAGGAGUCAAAUACGGCAUUGAGAAAGCCAGUCAUUUCGACAUCGGUUACUACAUCUUCUACCCGGAAUCUCUGAACUGGUCCAUCGAUACCAACAGCGUUGAAUACCAGGUGUCGAAGAAACUAACCACUGCGAUCACCAACUUCGCAAAGUCAAGUGACCCAAGUGUGGAUGGUGUGACAUGGCCGCAGUACAGUGCCUCUAACAAAGCCUACGUGACCUUCGGGAACGAUGGACUCUCGGUGGGCUAUGGACCUGAUGAAGCGGACUACAACUUCUGGGCAGGAGUCUACAAAAACGCUAGAAUACCAUUCUAAUUCUUAAGUAGUAAAUAAUAAAGACUAUACUUCAAUAGCAUCGAUAUUUAUCGAUGUCCGCAUACAUUGUUCCUUUCUAUGACAUUACUGAUGGUUAUUUUAUCUUUGUAUACUUAUGUUAUCUUGUUAACCGGCUUCUUUACUUUUUUACUUCCUUACUACAAUACAAUAUUACAGAGAAGUAAUUAAA